UGACACGGGCAGGCCACGUGAGGCAGGAGGAAGCGCGUGAGCAGGGCGGACGCACGUGACCCCGCGGGUGCCGCCACGUGACCGCCGGGCGACCCCCCACGUGUCCCUGGCUCGGCCCGGCCAUGGCGGGCGCGGUGGCGGCCGCGGGCUCCGUGGAGCAGUUCCAGAAGCUGCUGCAGCGCCCGGACAGGUCCCUGGUGGUGGUGCACUUCUGGGCGCCGUGGGCUCCGCAGUGCGCGCAGAUGAACGAGGUGAUGGCAGCGCUGGCCCGCGAGCACAGCCAGGUCACCUUCGUGCAGCUGGAAGCUGAGGCUGUGCCUGAAGUGUCUGAAAAAUAUGGAAUUAGUUCUGUUCCAACGUUCUUGUUCUUUAAGGCAGUGUAUGAUCCGCGGCGUUCCAUCCUAGGCUUCAGCAGGCAGAUGGUGGAGAUCCUGCAGAAGCACGGCGUGGCCUUCAGCAGCUUCGACAUCUUCUCCGACGAGGAGGUUCGCCAGGGGCUCAAAGCCUUCUCCAACUGGCCGACCUACCCGCAGCUCUACGUGGCCGGGGAGCUCAUCGGGGGCCUGGACAUCGUCAAGGAGCUCGAGGCGUCGGGAGAGCUGGACACGAUCUGCCCAAAGGGCCAGAAGCUGGAGGACAGGCUUAAAUCCUUGAUAAACAAAGCUCCUGUGAUGCUCUUCAUGAAGGGAAACAAAGAGAUGGCAAAAUGUGGCUUCAGCAAGCAAAUCAUAGAAAUCAUGAAUAACACUGGCGUGGACUACGAGACCUUUGACAUCCUGGAGGACGAGGAGGUGCGCCAGGGGCUGAAAUCCUUCUCCAACUGGCCCACGUACCCCCAGCUGUACGUCAGGGGGGAGCUGGUGGGGGGGCUGGACAUCGUCAAGGAGCUGAAGGAAACUGGGGAGCUGCUGCCUGUGCUGAAGGGGGAGAACUGAUGGGGAGGACAUCAGUGGGAAGAGAAAUCCCUGGAACAGCCUGGAACAGUCAGAGAUUCUCCUGGAGCCCUGAGGAGCAUCAGCAGGGGAAGCAGACAGGAAAUAAAUACAAAUAUUCUCUGUUUGAAAAGGGGUUUCACUGGGGGCACAAAAAGGUCAAUUAAAAUUCAGUGCUCCGGGA